AUGGCGUUGCGCCCACGCGCUUCCUCCCAGCCUUUAAAGCUUACCUUCUUUCAGAGUUCUAAGCUAAAUUCGUCCCUGCGACCUCGAGCUGUUUCGUCACAGUCAGGCUCCAUGCUGGAAGAUGAGCUCUCCUGUCCUAUAUGCUGUGAAAUCUUCAAGGACCCGGUAGUGCUCAAGUGCAGCCACAGUUUCUGUCGGGCCUGUCUUCAGAAGUUCUGGAACAAGAAGAAGGCCAGGCGUGAGUGUCCUGUCUGCAGGAGGAAGUGCUCGCUGACUGAGCCCACAGUCAGCUUGGCUCUGAAGAAUGUGGCCGAAACCUUCCUGAGGGAGCACGAGCACAGGGGAGCCACAGCGGGAACUGGGGCUGGUGAUACAGGGAAACAAGCAGUGACAGUGGAUUUUAAAUGCAGUACACAUAAGGAAGUUCUCAAACUCUUCUGUCUGGAUGACUUUGAAGUCCUGUGCUGUGUGUGUCACACCUCCAAGAAGCACCUCGGACAUCGAGUGUGUCCCAUAGAAGAAGGUGCUCAGGAUCUUAAGGCAGAGCUGAAAAAUGAGCUGAUUCCUCUGAAGAAAAACCUGCGUUGCCUCUAUGAAGCCAAGCAGGAGUGUGAUGACACAACUGUGCACAUCAAGAACCAGACUCAGGCCACAGAAAAGCAGAUCAAAGAGGAGUUUGAGGAGCUGCGGGAGUUUCUCCGGAGGGAGGAGGAGGAACGGCUGGCCACUCUGCAGAAAGAGGAUAAGGAGAAGAAAGAGCUAGUGAAGAAGAAGUCUGACAGCAUCGCCAGAGAUAUCCUCACCUUCUCUCACGCUGUCAUUGCCAUUGAGAACGAGAUUGCAUCCAAUGAUGUUAAUUUCCUUCAGAAUUAUACAAACACAAAGAAAAGAGCACAGAUCCCACCCAAGAAUCCAGAAAAAGUCUCAGGUGCUCUUAUAAAUGUGGCCAAGCAUGUCAGUUCCCUCAAGUACCACGUGUGGGAGAAAAUGGUGGAUCUGGUUCAGUACACACCCAUCACCUUGGAUCCUAACACUGCCUACUCCUGGUUAUCCCUCACCUCGGAUUUGACCAGUGUGGCCAACAGCGGAUCCCUGCAGCAACUCCCGGACAAUCCUGAACGGUUUGGUCAUUUUGUGUUUGUUCUGGGCUCAGAGGGUUUUACAUCAGGUCGUCACGCCUGGGAGGUAGAGGUGGGUGACAAAGUGGAGUGGAUGCUCGGGGUGGUCAAAGAGUCCAUCGACAGGAAGGGCCGCAUCUCGGGCUGUCCCGAGGGCGGCUUUUGGAUGAUCUCAUACUUUGAGGGGGAGCACUCAGCCAUGACGAGGCCCAGCACCCCGCUGCAUCUGGAGGGGGAGUUAACUCGAGUAAGGGUGCAGCUGGACUACGACUCUGGAGAGGUCAUCUUCUCCAACCCUGUCAAUAUGACACCCAUCUACACUUUCAAUGACUUCUUCACUCAGAAGAUGUACCCCUUCUUCUGCCCUGGUGCCAACAUCAACGGAAACAACCCCAAACCUCUUAAAAUCUGCCCCGCCAAGGUGGCUGUGUGGAACAGCGCGACGUGGUGAUUAGU